AUGAACAGAGACGAGAUUGCUACUGCAAAUUCAACUAGUGCGGCUGUUGACCUUGAAGGCCAAGAUAACCCCCACAAGAAAUUUAAGGAGGCUGAUGCAGGUGAUGGUACAAAAAGAGAAGAUCAGUUUUUACAUGGAACACAUUUAGUACUUUGUUUUAUUUCUUUGUUCUUGUGUCUUUUCAUUUUUGCAUUGGAUCAAACCAUCGUAGUUACCAUUUUAACUACUGUUGGUAAUAAAUUCAAUGAUUUCUCCAAUGUUGCUUGGUUAUCGUCUGGUUUCUUGUUGACUAUGGCUGUUUUCAUUCAACCUUUUGGAAAAUUAUCAAUCAUUUUCGGUCGUAGAUGGACCAUGGUUGCAGCCGUAGUUAUCUUCGAGGCUGGUUCCCUUAUGUGUGCAUUAGCUAACAAUAUGAAUGUUUUAAUUGGAGGCAGAGUGUUAGCUGGUAUUGGAGGUUCUGGUAUUCAAGGACUCGCGUUUGUGAUUAUUACAGAAAUUGUCCCAAUUAACAAGAGACCAGUUGGUAUGGCGAUUGUAGCUGUGACAUUCGCUGUUUCUUCUGUACUUGGACCAUUGAUUGGUGGUGCGUUUACUUCUCAUGUUAGUUGGAGAUGGGCGUUCUACAUCAACUUGCCUAUUGGUGGUAUUGCCAUGGCAUUUUUCUUGUACUCCUUCAGACCACCAACUCCUAAAGGAAAUUAUAUCAAGCAAUUGAAGGAGUAUGAUUAUUUGGGAACAUUCUUGUUAAUUUCUGGGUCGGUAUUAUUUUUGUUGGCAUUAACCUUUGGUGCUUCUGAUUUUAGUUGGGACUCAGGGGCAGUUAUUUCUUGUUUUAUUUUAGGUCCUGUCUUGUUGAUUUUAUUCUGUAUUUGGAACUUCAGGUUCUCAAAGAAUCAAAUUAUACCCACAGAUGUUGUAAUUGUUCCUCAAAUUAUUGCUUCAGUAUUAGCACUUGCUGGUAUUUUUUCAGCCUUUAUUGCAGCCUUGAUUUACUUGUCAGUUUAUUUCCAAGUUGUGAAGGACCACUCAGCCAUGGGUGCAGGUUUACAUUUAUUGCCAUGCAUUAUUGCUGUGGUUCUUUGUUCCAUCUUUUCCGGGGUUAUGAUUCAAAAAUUCAGAUAUGUUAAAGUGUUUAAUGUUGUUUCAGGAGUUGUAGGAGUGAUAGGCACGGGUAUUUUGGCAUUGUUAAAGGUUGACUCAUCUUUCGGCACCCAAGUUGGAUUAUUAAUUCCUCUCGGUAUUGCAACUGGUUUACAAAUGCAGCCUUCAAUCAUGUCGGCCCAGAUUAAAGCUCCAAAGACACCAGGUGGAUUAAUUAUGACGACAAUUUUUAUCACAUUUUGCAGAUCGCUUUUGGCAGCGAUUGCUGGUGAUUUAGCCGACGCUGUUUUUAAUACAUCCUUGAGAAACAUUUAUUCCAAAGCUAUCCAAGAACCAGCCAAUGCUUCAGUUGCCCAACAGUUGCAAAAUGUUCAAUUGGACAGUUUGAUUUCUUCAAAUUCAGUAUUGAGUACUUUGAGCCCAGAAGCCACUUUGUUCAUCAAAGAACAAAUGGUGAAAUCAAUGAGAAAUGUCUAUUAUAUGUGUAUUGGGUUUGCGGUUAUUAGUUUUGUCGCAAGUCUAUUUGUCACCAACAAGAACGUUCCUAAGAAUGUUGAUAUGGGCGAGAAAGUAGAACAAGAGGAGAAAUUUGAAGAAAAAACUAGCGAGCCAAGAACUAGCUCUGGAUCUGAUGAAAAUAUAAGUGUGCAAUCAGAUAUUGAUCCUUCAGAUGACAUUGAGAUCAACUCAAUUUCAAAGAAUGUAACAAGGGAAAAGAAUGUUGAAGUAGAGUAA